AUGGCCGAGGGUGCCGGGCGCUCCAAGACCCCAGGCCCCAUGGCGCAGAAGCCCAUGAGCAGGGCCGAGGCCGAGCGCAUGAACCUCGUGGCCCAGGACGAGAUCUGGACGUACCGCCUGAAGGCUGAAAACGAGGCACGGCAAAACUGGGCAACGAACUGGGGAUUUUUAACGACCCCCUUCGAGGAGCUGAUCGAGCGUGAAGAAGAGCCCGCCACCCCAAAGCCCAAAAUCGAGCUUCCCGAGCGCUUCCGCAUCCGGCCAGUGACCCCAGUGGAGAAAUACAUCAAGGUGCUCCCAUCCCCCCCAGUCCCAAAGACGACCCAGGGCUUCAUCGGCUGGAGAUCCGGGGUGCCGGGCCUGAACAAGUGUCUGGAGCACGAUCAUGAGAUCAGAAGCUGCAAAGGGGCGUAUGCCAAGGAGCUAAACUGGCCGAAGCAAGGUGUCCACUGA